CAGAGCUGUUGACCGGGGUAGGGGUAGCCAGGUGGAGAGGAUGGACAGCCGUAGAAAAAUGCUUAUUGAAAUUUUAAAUUUUUGUGGAUUUAUCGGUAGUGACAGUGUUUCCUAGCCUGAGUGCAGUGGGCAGCUGGGAGGAGGUGCUCUUAUUCUCCAUGGACUUUACAGUGUCCCAGAACCUUUUUGAGUUUGUACUACAGGAUGCAAAUUUCUGUUUGAAAAUCUAGCCUUAACUUUCCUAACUGCCUGUGUAUAUUGUUUCCUAACUUCCCUGAAAAGUUGCAAAUCCCGGGGGCUAUUCGAUGCUAAUGCAGAACGCCACAGGAUGUUUUUGUGCUGGUCAAGGGCAGACAGCUCUAGAGUGAACCAAGGCCUAUAUCUAUUCCUCGUUCUAUUUUUUUGAAUGGGGCAUGCUUAUUUAAGAUGGUGAGGAAUGCACAGAAUAACCAGGCAUUCUCUACUGAUGGGAUGAGGUCAAUGUCAUUCCAGGAUACCCCGGCCAGGUGGAUUAGAAAGGCCUGUUUGCUGAAGUGUUUUAGGGAGCGUUUUUAUAGUGAUGAGGGGUGGUCGUUUGACCGCAGACCCAUUACGGAAGCAGGCAAUGAGGCAGUGAUCGCUGAGAUCUUGGUUGAAAACAGCAGAGGUGUAUUUGAAGAGUUAGUUAGGAUGAUAUCUAUGAGGGUGCCCAUGUUUACGGAUUUGGGGUUGUACCUGGUAGGUUCAUUGAUCAUUUGUGUGGGAUUGAGGGCAUCAAGCUUAGAAUGUAGGAUGGCCGGGGUGUUAAGCAUGUCCCAGUUUAGGUCACCUAGCAGCACGAGCUCAGAAGAUAGAUGGGGAGCAAUCAAUUCACACAUGGUGUCCAGAGCACAGCUGGGGGCAGAGGUUAGUCUAUAGCAAGCGGCAACGGUGAGAGACUUGUUUCUGGAAAGGUGAAUUUUUAGAAGUAGAAGGUCAAAUUGUUUUGGUACAGACCUUUAUAGUAAGACAGAACUCUGCAGGCUAUAUCUGCAGUAGAUUGCCACGCCGCCCCCUUUGGCAGUUCUAUCUUGGCGGAAAAUCUUAUAGUUAGGGAUGGAUAUUUCAGGGUUUUUGGUGGUUUUCCUAAACCAGGAUUCAGACACGGCUAAGACAUCCGGGUUGGCAGAAUGUGCUAAAGCAGUGAAUAAAGCAAACUUAGGGAGUAAGCUUCUAAUGUUAACAUGCAUGAAAUCAUGGCUUUUACGAUUACAGAAGUCAACAAAUGAGAGCACCUGGGGAGUAGGAGUGAAGCUAGGCACUGCAGGUCCUGGAUUAACCUCUACAUCACCAGAGGAACAGAGGAGAAGUAGGAUAAGGGUAUGGCUAAAGGCUUUAAGAACUGGCCGUCUAACACGUUCGGAACAAAGAGUAAAAGGAGCAGGUUUCUGGGCACGAUAGCAUAGAUUCAAGGACAUACUGUACAGACAAAGGUAUGGUAGGAAGAGAGUACAUUGGAGGUAAACCUAGGCAUUGAGUAAUUAUGAGAGAGAUAUAGUCUCUAGAGACGUUUAAACCAGGUGAUGUUAUCGCAUAUGUGGGAGGUGGAACAACAUGGUUGGUUAAGGCAUUUUGAGCCAGUGAAAUAAGACAGUAAUCACUAACCAGGACAGUAACGGACAAGGCAUAUUGAUAUUAGGGAGAGGCAUGCGCAGCCAAGUGAAUCUUAUGGGUCCAGUGAGUGGUUGGGUUGGCUGGGGACAUGGCGAUUCAGACAGCAGGCCGGGGCUAGCAAGCUAGCAGUUAGCAGGCCGGGCCUAGCAAGUUAGCAGAAGGGCCUUAGAGGGACGUCGCGAUGGGGGAAAGUCUGUUCUUGUCUCCUCGUGAGGUGACAUCGAUAGACCAGUCGUGGAACUAGUAGGGUUCCAAGUAGCAGAGAGGUCCAAGUCCAAUUGGCAAAAUGGGUAUAGUGGUCCAAGAAAUUGGUUGAUGGAUCAGCUAACAGUCCAAUAUGCUCUAGAAAGCUAGCAGGUCACGAUUAGCAGAAUGGGCCUUCAGAGGACGUCGCGCCUGAGGAGCCUGCUGGAAUUCUCGGGCAGAUUAUGUCGGUAUUCCAGUCGUGAAGGAUCUGCGGGGUUCCAUGCCCCGUACCGGCAGUAGAAGGGGUAUAGUGGCAGUAGAAUCAGUAGAAGGGGUACAACUCCAGUGUAUAGCCCAUGCUAUACACUGGAGUUGCUUACCAAGAAAACAUUGAAUGUUUCUGAAUGGCCUGGUUAAAGUUGAACAACAACCAAUUUGGCCGAGGUUGAAGAAUAAAACAUAAAUAAUGUGCAGAUAUUGUACGAUCCAGGUGUGCAAAGCUCUUAGAGACUUACCCAGAAAUAUUCACAUCUGUAAUUGCUGCCAAAAAGGUGAUUCUAACAUGUAUUGUGAAUAAAUGUGAAUACUUACGUAAAUUAAAUAUUUAUUUAUUUCAUGUUCAAUAAAUGUGCAAACAUUUCUAAAAACAUGUUUUCCCUUUUUAUUAUGGCGUAUUGUGUGUUGAUGGGUGAGAUUAUUAUUUAUUUAAUCCAUUUUGAAUUUAGGCUGUAAAACAACAAAAUGUUGAAUAAACCAAGGGUUAUGAAUACUUUCUGAAGGCACUGUAUUUCCUAUUCCUUUCUUCCCAUAACCUAAAAUCACCAUAAUAUACAUGGAACAUCUGUUGUUGCUGCAGAAAUAUAAUUGAAUAAUAAUGAUUGAUAACACUCCCUUGCUUAUCUCUCUCUGCUCUCCCAUGCCCCGCUCCCCCUCCAUAGCGAUGACCACUGUAUCCAUGAAACCCCUGCUGGUCCUGGUGGAGCGGAUCCCCAACGCCACUGACCCGCCUUUUGACUCUGCCCCUUCCUCUCCCGAAAACACAGCCGCCACCUUCACCAUAGGCUGUAUACUCUCCCUCAUGUGUCUGGUCGGCGUUUCCGGAAACAUCUACACCCUCGUGGUCAUGUGUCACUCCAUGCGUUCCGCAGCGUCCAUGUAUAUUUACAUCAUCAACCUAGCCUUGGCGGAUUUGCUCUAUCUGUUGACCAUCCCGUUCGUUGUCUGCACGUACUUCCUGAAAGGUUGGUAUUUUGGCGAUGCUGGGUGCAGAAUUCUGAUCAGUAUGGAUUUCCUGACGAUGCAUGCCAGCAUUUUUACGCUGACCAUCAUGAGCACGGAGAGGUACUUUGCCGUGCUGAAACCGCUGGACACAGUCAAACGGUCCAAGAGCUACCGCAAAGCCAUUGCGGUGCUUGUAUGGGUGGCUUCCCUGGUUCUUACUUUACCCAUGAUCCUCAGGAUUCAGAUGAUGAUGGUAGGUAGCAAGGCCAUGUGCCAGCCGACCAUCUCUCCGCUGUCCUAUAAGGUGUACAUCACUUUCCUGUUCUGUACCAGCAUCGUGGCUCCGGGGAUGAUCAUCGGCUUUCUAUACAUCGGUCUGGCUCGCACCUACUGGAUCUCUCAGACAGAAACCUUCAAACAAACCAAGAAACUACCAAACCAGAAGGUCCUCUACCUGAUCUUUACCAUCGUCCUGCUGUUCUGGGCCUGUUUCCUGCCCUUCUGGAUCUGGCAGCUCCUGGGUCAGUUCCACCCCUCCAUCGACCUCUCCACCAAGGCCAAGCGCAACAUCAACUAUCUGACCACCUGCCUCACCUACUCCAACAGCUGCAUCAACCCUUUCCUCUACACGCUGCUCACCAAGAACUACAAGGAGUACCUGCGGAAGCGCCAACGUACAUGCACCUCGGGCAGCUACUUCAACCGGAGGAACCGGUUCCAGCGCUCGCCCAGGAGGUCGCUGUCGUCUAGCAGCCAGCAGUGCACGGAGAGUUUCGUGCUCACACACACGCCGUCACAGCGCACCAUGCACAACAACAGCCUGUGAGCGUUUCGAUUCAAGUUUUUAUCCACAUCACGGUUAGCCCUUGUGGCUGGGACUGCUCGAACCUGACCCGAGCUUGGAUCCUAUUGGCUAGCAGAGUAGCAGUGCUAGCCUACCUGGGUGUUUAUACAUGGCUGGGCCCAAAUGUGACAGGUGCGAGAUGAUUCCCAUGCAAGAGGAAAGAAAAGGGGGGAACUGAUCGAUGGACAGGGGUUCAUCUGCCCUAUAUGCAUCACCAUCAUGCAGCUUCAGGAAGAGAUUCUCCUGUUGUUAGCUCAGCUGCGGUAGAAGCAGGACCUGCUAUCAAACUUCACCGACAAAGCUGCAUCCCGGGAGAAUUGCAUCUCGGUCUUGAGUGCCUCCUACAGUCAGGGUGCCGAUGAGUCGAGCGCCGAUCACUAGCCAGGCAUAGGAGGUCCUGGAGGGUGGAUGUCUGGCUGGUCUACAUCUAUCCUGGAAGAUCAGAUUGGGCUAUCAAACAGUUUUGCCCCAAUGGAGGCAGACCUACCGGCUCUGGGAGUCGGCUCUGUUCCUGGGAAUUGACUAACGGCUGGCAGCCAGCCAGUAGCUACAACUCCUGUCCAUACCACCAGCCUACCACACCUCCUGACGCCAUCAAUUGCUGCUGGAGCAGUUAGACUAGCUUGGUUUGAGUCCGUUCUGGUCAAUAACUCUAAUAUUGGCACCAUCGUCACACAUAUUCCAGAUUUUGUUGUGUUACAGCCUGAAUUCAAAAUUAAUUAAUCAAAAAUAACAAAAACUCACCCAUAUACACACAAUAUCCUUAAAUGACAAAGUGAAAACAUGUUUUUAGAAAUGUUUACACACUUAUUGAAAAUGAAAUAUAGAAAUAUCCAAUUUACAUAAGUAUUCAAUCCCUUGAUUCAAUACAUAUUGGAAUCUUCUUUAGCAGCGAUUCCAGCUGGGAGUCUUUCUGGUCUCUAAGAGCUUUGCACACCUAGAUUGUAUAAUAUUUGCCCAAAAUUAUUUUGAAAAUGGUUUAAACUCUGUCAGAUUGGUUGUCGAUCAUUGCAAUAUAUUUUCAAGCAGAUUUAAGUCAAAACUGUAACUCUGCCACUCAGGAUCAUUCAGUCUCCUUGAUAAGCAACUCCAGGGUAGAUGUUAAAUUAAUCUCCCAGUGACUGAACCAGGCUUUCCUCUAGGAGUUUGCCUGUGCUUAGCUCCAGGUUUCUUUUUUAUCCUGAAAAACUUCUGAUUCCUUAAUGAUUACAAGCAUACAUAUACACACUAUGCUUGAAAAUAUGGAGAGUGGCACUCAGUAAUGUGUUAUAUUGGAUUUGCCCCAAACAUAACACUUUGUGUUCAGGAGUGCCUUGUAGCAAACAGGAUGCAUGUUUUGGAAUAUUUGUAUUCUGUACAGGUUUCCUUCCUUUUACUCAAUUAGGUUAGUAUUGUGGAUUAAGUACAAUGUUGUUGAUCCAUCCUCAGUUUUCUCCUAUCACACCCAUUAAGCUCUGUAACUGUUUUAAAGUCACCAUCAUUGGCCUUGUGUUGAAAUCCCGGAGUGGUUUCCUUCUUCUCUGGCAACUGAGUUAGAAAGGAUGUCUGUAUCUUUGUAGUAACUGGGUGUAUUGAUACACCAAAUGGUAAUUAUUAACUUCACCAUGCUCAAAGAGAUAUUCAAUGUCUGCAUUUUUUCCUACCCAUAUACCAUUAGGUUACAUUCUUUUCGAGACAUUGGACAAUCUUCCUGGUCUUCCUUAUUAUAUCCAACACUUAUUUAGGCUUCAAAAAAACAAAAAAGUAUUUAACUUCAAAGAGGUUGAAUACUUAUUGACGCAACCCAGUUCAGCUUUUCAUUUUUGAUUAAUUUGUAAAAAUGUAGAAAACACAAUUCCACUUUGAUAUUAUGGGGGAUUGUGUGUAGGCCAGUGACAAAAAAACAUCUAAAUUGAAUCCAUUUCAAUUCAGGUUGUAACACAACAGAAUGUGGAAAAAGUCAAGGGGUUUGAAUACUUUCUCAAGGCACUGUAGAUGUGGCCUUGUGCCAAAAUACACUUUUGUUUGUAGCGGGGAUUUACUGCCAGUCUGCUGCACUGAUGGAUGCAUUUGAUGCUAUUUCUGAAUAUUUCAAACCUUUUCUGUCAUCUGAAGGACUUAUUUCAGGAGAAUUUAACCUGGAUCUGCUUACCCCGGCCUCUGAUGAUUUGAAGAAUAUUUGUCUUGACUUUAACCUGACUCAAAUAAUCUCCAAAACUACAUGCAUUCAUGUAAGAAACCCAGCAAACUCCUCGCUGAUUGACAACACUUUGAAAAAUAGCCCCUACAAGUACUUAUUGAGGGUUGUCUUUGCUAAUGUCAUCAGUGAUCACUGUCCUAUUGCAUGUAUUAAAGAUACCCAACA